AUGGCUCUGUCUUUAGGCCUGACGCUGGCACUGGAGGGACUGAGCGUCGGACAGUAUCCUCCAUCUCUCACUGUCAGGCAGGGCGAGACRGCAACCCUGUGCUGUCAUUUUAGAGUCAACUCUCUGAAGUACGGGGUUCAGUGGUUCAAAACGAAGCCCGGGAAUCGGCYCGUCCCAAAGUCAUCGAGGUAUAUCUUUGUGGAAAAGAAUCAAAGCUCCUCCCUGGUGAUCUCACGGGUAACACCGGAGGAUUCUGGAUGGUAUUACUGCGAGGUGAACGUCCUGCAGAAGGACCCAGAGAGAGGGAACGGCACCGAGAUCUUCGUCCUGGUCCCUCCCUCUGCUCCUAAAUUAUCCCUCCAGAUUCCUUCAAACCCACAGACCGAUCAUUGGGCUCUCAUUUGUCUCACUAGAGGAUUCUAUCCAAGUAGGGUCACCCUCACCUGGACCUACCACAGCGCUGAAGCUGAUAUCGAUCACCUGUCAGAUGCCAGUUGCACCCUCCCUGCCAACAUCUCUCAUGGCAGCCUGCCUGAGCCCCCAGCUGACGGAGCCCUGCUGUCUCCAGAUCGGUUUGUGAGGUUURCAGCUGCACACCAGUCACAGUGUCUCCUGAUGACGGACUUCCACAGCCUGGAUGUGUAUCUGUUCAGCAGGAUUAUCCUGCCCAAAAAACAAUCCAUGGAAGCUGGGAUAACGUUCACAUGCUGGGUGAAAGACCACCCUGCUAUGAACAAUUCCCUGACUUCUUCUUUCACCUGGGGUAAAUACUGA